UUCUGCCGGCUCUUAAGGCGUCGGAUCAUCAGCUGCAUAACAUGCUAGGUGUGUAAAUAAAAGCUUAUGAAAGUGUAACAACGGAAUUCAAUGUAGCCAGUGACGGUGAAGUCGCAGCUGAUGCAGUGAAGUGGAAGAUGAUUUUAAUGACCUCAAGAUUUCAAACUGAACUGACGUGUAGCCCUAGUGUAUCAUAGGGGCGUCGCUACUCGAUAGAUUAGUCUCCAACCUGCUGAUCCGGACCCCAGCCAACAUAUCUUCCUGUAAUUAUGGCUGUUGGUGCAUUUCCGUUGGCUAAGCUCGGCGCACUUUUUCUGAAACAGCUGUCAAAGCCACUGGCAAACAAACUUAAGAUUCGGGCAAAAAAUUCGCCUUUCUUUCGACGUUGGGUAUGCAUGCCUCCGGCUCAAUUUUAUCACUGGUGUGAGGUCAAAAUCAAAGUGCGAAUACUCAAUCUCGGUAAGCCGUCCGCUGUUAAGCCACUUAACGAACGUGAAGCCAUCGACCUUGGCGCUGAACUAUUAGGUGAAGCUAUAAUAUUCGCCGUUGCUGCCGGUACAAUUACGGCGGAAUACCUGCGACAAUCACGUAAUGAGCGCGCCAAAGAAGAGACGAAAGAGGACAGAUAUCACAGAUUAACACACGAGCUCGAGGAACUGCAGUUAUUGGUAGCUCGACAGGAGGUCGAGAUUCGUCACCUUAGUCGGUUGGUGGGAACUCCUGUGCGCCAGAUCGUGCCCGUUGUCGAACCUAACCCGGCUGCCAGGAAGGAAGGCAGCACCUAUGUUUCCUUAGAUCAGGCGGUAGAGAAUGCGAAAGCAGCCAUGGGUAAGGAAAUUUCGUGUGUCGAAGACGCUAAACCUUCCACCUCUACUGCAGCUGGUUCUUGCAGAGUUUCAUUCCACGAACAGGGUACGGAUCCGGGCAAGACAAAGGGGACGACCCAGUUUCCUGUUAAUUCGAAAAAGUGACAUACGCCUCAGUUAGGCCAUUCUUUAACACAGGCUACCAUAUUCAUAAAUUUAUUUAUUUAUAUAUCUAAAUUAUAAAUUGCAAAAUGAUGGAAGUUGUGCCUGUCAUCUCAUUAGUUUAUGAAGAGCACUUUUACUAAAGUAGUAGUUCCAUGGGUGCAUCAAGCAAACUACUACCCAUUGUAAAAUUACAAAAAAAAGAUGAGUAGCCAACAGUUUUGCCGGAUCUUCACACAUGCAUGCAGAUCAUAUGCGAUAUUGAGCAAAUCAUAAAUGCAGGAGGGUUUUCAUUUAGCGCAAUUAUCAAAAGAAAAUCCAAACUGAAAUGAAACAGUGUGAGUGUCUAUUAUUUUUCAAAUUUUCGUAAUAUUCCUAAUGACUGUCUCUCAUUGAAAAAGGUCACUCCUACUAGUAGUGCUUAUCGUUCUCACAGCAAAAUAACAAAGGGAGGUGGUCUGAAUUGAAAAGUCUUCAUGCACAACUGUAACACAAAACUGAGCUAUGUUUUGUUAAAACCUUGGCACAGAAACAUCAAAGUGAUAAAGACAUAGGCGAGCGUGCAUUUAAACGAGCAGUAAAUUUCGUCGCGUGAGCGUCUACUAUUCCUUGAUAAACAUUUAAAUCUCAUUCCAGCUGCACACACGUUACCUUGAUGUAAGUUUUUUUUUUUUAUAUUCAUUGUUAAUUAACAAUUUUUAAAGUAGAUUGAAGUUGAUAAGAGGCACGGAUUCCUUGGUCAAGUGUUAAAACUUUUCCUCAUCACGCUAAUGAUGGCGUGGUGAACUUCGCCACGUGCUUUAUAAUUAUGGGUGGAGUAAAAAGGACAGUAAAAGUGAGUCUUAUUGGAGACCCUUAGCGACACGAGUAGGUUUGCGUAUCAUUGAAAGUCAACUAGUCGCUAGGUAGCAAAGAUACUACUGUGUAUAGUAAUAAGCUCAUGCUAAUAAAUAUUUGUAGUAAAAGAAGUAUGCCUCUUAUUUUUCAUAACAGCUCAAAAAGAUCAAAGGACGUUUUGCGUUAAAUCGUUUGAAACAUCUUCUUUAGUGCGGAAUGUUAUCAGCAGCGCUUUUUGUGAUGCAUGUGUUAGAUA